AUGGCCGGCCAUGCGACUAUCACCUUCUCGCAGACGGGCGUGCAGCCACCCGUCUAUGUCACUACCUCCAUAAACGAUUGGACGCCGGUUGAGAUGGACGUGAAUGAAGACAAAACCGCCUCGGACAACCUGAUCUUUCGCAAAGAGUUCAAUGACGUUGCUGAAGGCAGCUACCAAUACAAAAUCCGCGUGGGAGAAGACCAUUGGGUAUUGGACGAGUCAAAAGAGACUGCUGCCACCGACGAUGGCAUUCGCAACAAUGUCAUCCACGUCAAAGUCGCCAGCGAAAACAACUCGUUGAAAUCAGCACCCGAAGCCACCACGGUACAGGAAACUCCCUCCGAACAGGAAUCGCUGAAGGCUUCUCUCGCAGACCCGUCGAAGAUACCAGAGGAUCGAAAAGACAGUACAAUGGGUGAUCAGCUAUCCAGUGUUCCAGUUUCCUCCAUGGUAGUCGACAAGGUUGAGGACCAAAAGCAGCCAGCCUAUGGCAACACCCACCACCUCGACCUUCCUGUAGAUGCUGCUAAGCGCUCGGCCGACGCAGAGCCCGACUAUGAAGAAACGAAAGUGGACUCGCCAAUCAAGACAGAAACACCCAAAUCGCCUGAAAUCCCGCUUCUAGUUGUCGACAAGACGGAUGAUCGGCCCGCAUAUGGAGAUGAUUUCGGCGAGGAUGCCACGACUGCUCAGAAGGUUGCACAUGAUAUGAGGGCCUCAGAUACACAACCAGACAUACUUACCAUCACACCAGAGUCUCAUACAGAACCAGGUGAUACUGAAGACGACCAAGCUGCUCCAUUAUUUCGUCAUGAAUCUUUUCAGGCGGACGACGAAUCACAGGCACCUCCAAAGAUUACUGUUGACGAUGAAUCCACACAAUCAUCAACGGACCAGACCAGUUCCGGAGAUGCAAUGGAUACACCUCCUGAGCCUGAGGAUGGUGACGAGCUAAAUCUAGCGCCCUUGCUUAGCCAUGAGACUGAACUCAGAGGUAGCGUAAGCGAAGCGAGAGACGGACUACAGGUUUCUCAUGAAGGCAAUGAUGACGAGGACGAUGUUGACGAUUCUGGCGGCGCCCCUCUUCUUCCUCACGAAACCGGCUUUACCGAGGACGAUGGAGCUGACACCGAAUCUGACGACGAGAGGAAUGAGCUGGACAGAUACCCAUUACUAUCACACGAAAGUGGUUUUUCGGACUAUAAGAGAAGCGAGACCCUCACUAAGAGUGAACAUUCUGAGAACCGGGAGCCACAGCACUAUGGAGCAUAUGGUAACGAGGACGAGGACGAGGGUAACCGUGACGCUGAGGAUGACGACACACCUCUUCUUCCACAUGAACGAGAAUCAGCCUUCGUCAGCAGCACUGGCUCAGACUUCUCACAGGACGAUGCUCCUUUCUCUUUGGAGAAGCAGCCAACAUUUGGUUAUGAGACUGACAAUGCGCGAGAGUUGUUCGGCGCAGCCGAUCGACACGACUUCUUCAGAGGACGAACGGGGAGUAAUCUUCCUCACAGGCUACCUCAAUCAGACGCGGAGGACCAGGACCUUAAUGACCCAUCCUUGGAACGAUUCCCAACAAACCGAGAAUCGAUUUUGGCACGUGUAGCGACGAUUGGUAUGCAUCUUCCUGAGGAUGAAUCGAUGCAUGAACGCCCACAUUCUCCGCAGCCAUCUGUCCUGUCUCAAGCCUGCUCUUCCAUCGAUCUUGUUCCCGUCAAAUCAUAUGCUUCGUUGGCAUCUGUACCCGAGGACGAGAACAGUGAUGAAGAUGAAGGGUACCAUCACGAUCUGGAUAGUAUGCCAUCACCUGUGUACAUCAGUCACAACACCACCCGUAGGUCCAGUCCGCCGGCCAGAUUCGUGCGAGACCCAUAUGCAGCCUCUUUAGCAGAUGAUAACGAGAAACUCGGAGAUGCAUUCGACACCAAGAUCGACGAGCCUGGCUCCCAUACCCAGGAGUCUAGCGAAGCGGAAAGCGUUGCUAAGCAUGACGGCGCCAAAGACAUCUCAGUGGCCCACAGCGCUCUGCUCGAUGCCAUCUCUGCACCAGUCAACAUGGCAAAAUCUGCAACAGAAUUAGUCACAUCUGAGCCAAAAACCACCACUUCGGAGGCCCAUCCUGUCUCUAAUCUGGACUCUGAGCUUCGGCAGCGCAGAGCAGUAUUGGAGGAAUCCUCGCAGACAGAAGAAGAAAUGCCAGAAAGCACCGCAGAUGAUGUCAGCAUCACGGACAAGAUCGUCGAGGCAGCGAAGCCUGCACUCGCACAGCGAUCAGAUUAUCGCAGAGACAACUUCCUCCAACAUUUGUUCCGAGCUAUGUUUGCUGCUUGUUUUGGCGAUCGGAAACGAGCCAGGUGA